AUGCGUGUUCCACGACAAAGAACUCAAGAAGAUAUGAUUCAUGAUAUGCUUAUUAUGACAAUUGAGCAAACUUAUGACGAAGAGGAUAUGAUCAAAGUUUCGGCUCUUCAACUUCUUCAAAAACUUCUUGUCAAAACACGUAAUUUUUCAAUUAUUAUGCCAAGAUUGGUCGAAAUGAUUUCAACGGAACAAAAAGAUAUUGGUGUAAGAGAAACUAUUGUGACCACAUUGAUUGAUGCGUGUAGAAUGCAACACAUGGAUCCCGUCGACUAUAUCAUGCCUCUAAUUUGUAAAAAUAAUUGUGUUCCAAGUGAUGCGCAAAUCGCUUUUCUGCCACAUUUGAAAGCUCAUUGUGGAAAACCAUUGGCCAAAUAUCUUGUUUUGAAAGCUCGAGAAAUGCCAGAUGGAAUCGAAAAAAUACAAUAUGUGGCGAUAAUUGAACAAAUCUUCAGUCGGAAAAAUAUCAAACAGAAUGACUUGAUUGAAACAUUCACUGAAAUGUAUAUUGGUAUUUUCCAUGCUCAAAUGAACAAUCCAUUAUACGAAGACCUUCUCAUUAGUUCACAUUUGAUUGAUUAUUUGUUUUUGUCUGAAAAUAUUUUCCACUCUGAAGCUGCAACUCAUCGUUAUGCAAAUCGAUAUAACGACUUUCGCAAUCUUGGGUUAAAAUUGAUCGUCAAAACAAAUGAAGUUCGACCAACAGACAAAAUAUCAGAAGCGAGAAUGAGAUUCAUUGUCAGACAGGUUAGUUACUUUUCUUUUUCGGAAUUAUUUCUUUAAAUGAAACAUUGAAUUAAUUAAUUUUCUUACAGUUCUUAUUAUGCUUCGAUCCACUUCAACGUUUGAGAGUCGCUGAAAAACUCUACGAGGCAGACAUCUACGAUGAAGACGAUGUUAUGCGAAUCAAAAAACAAACACUGAAAUAUGUGGAGGACUACGAAGUUGUUCCAAAAAGUGCGAUGAGCAAAUUGACGAUCUCAAAUACAGUUACCAAUUUGUAA